AUGUCCGCGUGGACCCGGUGGGCGGCCGGCCUGGCCUGGCUGGCGCUCCUCUCGGCGCAAGUUUCAGAGAGCGUGAACAUCACGGAGCUGCGUGUGCCUGAAGUGGUGGAACACAACACCAACUCGACGGCCAUCCUCGACUGCGUGUACGACCUGCCCGACGACGGCGUCAACCUGCUGCUCGUUAAGUGGUACUUCGGCGACGAGAACCAUCAGGUGUACCAGUGGGGCCUGGGCCUGGAGCCGGCUGGGUCUGGCGUGCUCAAGGGCAGGCUGCACCUAGGUCACGUGGCGUCGCCCGAACUGCUGAAGAAGCACCGCGCGCUCAGCGUCUCCAACCCCACCGUCGACCUCAGCGGCACCUACAUCUGCAGGGUCAUGACCAACUCGGGCGUCGUCACCGAGGCCAAGAAGAUGAUCGUUUACGCGCCGGCCCGAGCGAUGAACCUGACGCAGGACAAGCCGUCCCCCAGCUCGGUCAACAUCACCUGUGUAGUGGAGGGCGUGUUCCCUGCGCCGCUGCUCGAGGUCUUCGCCAAGCGGGAGGACAAGGAAGACGGGCGGCGCCUGCUGAGCAACGUCAUCCAGCGGACGGAGGCGACCGAGGAGGGCCGUUUCGACGCCGUGGCGUAUGCGCUGGUGGAGGACGGCAGCUUGGAGGGCCGCACCACCUUUGAGUGCGUCAUGACCAUCCCGGAGACGCAAUACCGCCUGCAGCGGCACAUCUCCUACGCGUCAGGUGCCACCCUGGCUGCCAGCAUCGGACCGCCGUGCACACAGACAGGUCGGCAGCACAAGGCAGCAAGUAACCCAUACCUCGGUUACUAG